AACCUAGUUUAGAAAGUUGAAAGUUUCAGAGUUCCGAGGUAAACUUACCAGUGAGUCUGGAGCUCGCGCGCGUGAGUCGGCGGGAAGUCAUGUUGUCUCCUCAGACUUGUAUUAACAAGCUUGGCUCGGUGCUUCCUUUGCUGUUGGUGCUCUGGGACCUCCACUAUGAGGGAGUACAAUGUGGCAUAAAUGCAGAAGUAGAAAAGCAACUUGAAUUGGGAAAGAAACUGUUGGCAGCUGGGCAGCUGGCAGAUGCUUUGUCACACUUCCAUGCCGCCAUAGAAGGAGACGCUGAUAACUACCUUGCUUAUUACAGAAGAGCCACAGUCUAUCUAGCCAUGGGCAAAUCAAAAGCUGCCAUUCGUGACUUAAGCAGGGUAGUUGAAUUAAAGCAGGAUUUCACAUCGGCAAGACUACAAAGAGGGCAUCUACUGCUUAAACAGGGAAAGUUGGACGAAGCUGAAGAGGAUUUUGAUGGCGUGGUAAGUGAAGUACCUCCUCGAGGCAUAAUUGAAGUAGCAGCAUAUGAUGAAAGGGUAUUAAGCAGUGUAUGUCCCCUUAUUCCUAUACUACAUACUGGUGGAAUAGUUUAGAAUUUGAGUAGUGCU